AUGCGAGUUCAUACGCAUGAAAAACCAUAUAAAUGUACAAUUUGCGGAAAAUCUUUUACUACCCACUUUUAUGCAAAAAUACACACACGUGCCCAUUCUGGCGAAAAGCCAUACCAAUGUGGCAUCUGUGGCAAAUCUUAUAAUCAAUUAUCUGAUUUAAAAAAGCAUAAAAAAAUUCAUACACAUGAAAAGUUAUAUGAAUGUAAAAUUUGCGGAAAAUCUUUUCCUCUAAGCCAUACCCUGAAAAUACAUACUCGUACCCAUACAGGCGAAAAACCGUUCAAAUGUGAAAUAUGCAACAAACAUUUUAGUCAAACAUCCCACUUAAAAGUGCACAUGCGAGUUCAUACGCAUGAAAAACCAUAUAAAUGUACAAUUUGCGAAAAAUCUUUUGCUACCCACUAUUAUGCAAAAAUACAUAUACGUGCCCAUUCUGGCGAAAAGCCAUACCGAUGUGGAAUCUGUAGCAAAUCUUUCAAUCAAUUAUCUGAUUUAAAAACGCAUAAACGAGUUCAUACACAUGAAAAACCAUAUAAAUGUGAACUCUGCGGCAAAUCAUUUUCUCAAAGGGGUACUUUAAAAACGCACACUCGUAUCCAUACAGGCGAAAAGCCUUAUAAAUGUGAAAUAUGCGGCAAAUCUUUCAAUCAAUUAUCUGAUUCAAAAACGCAUAAACGAUUGAAAUUUCAGUUCUGUAAUCAAAAUUUCAACCAGAACUACAAUAGGUGCACGUGA